AUGUCAGCUUUGGGUAUGCCGCCGCACCUCUUGGUGCUCUUCCAGGCACGGCCGCCUCUGGAGUACGUGCCACCGAUAGAGAAUGGAAUGAAGCGCAAGCUGUGCGGGAUAGCGGACUUCAUAGGCCACUUUUCAAAUGAGCAUAUUCCGCCACCUCCGCCGUUUGAGACCCCGCGCCAGCGCGCUGACCGGAGGAAGAGACAGAAGCUCAUAGAGUUUCAGAAUAAGCAACGUGAAGAUCGCGAGGCCUAUGACCCCAAAUAUGAUCCGGCAUUGGCAAGAGGAUCAACGAAUCCGUGGUUGACGCACGACCCUUACAAAACCCUGUUCGUGUCUAACAUUCCCUACGAGGUUACCGAAAAGCAACUGUGGAAGGAGUUCGACGUAUACGGGCGCGUUAGGCGUAUCCGCAUGAUUAAUGAUCGCCAAAACCGUCCCAGGGGCUACGCGUUCAUCGAAUUCAGCGACGACCGAGAUAUGGUGAGUGCAUACAAGCGCGGCGACGGCAAGAAAAUCAGUGGGCGGCGAGUUAUGGUUGACGUGGAGCGCGCGCGCACCGUAGAGGGGUGGUUGCCUAAACGUCUAGGCGGUGGGAAGGGUCGUUCACGCACCAAGCCACCGAAGUUCCACGACGGAAAACCGCUUACUGCAGAAGAAGAAGUAAAGGUAUCUAAGCCCGUUACUGCAUACACGGAUGAAAUGAUGGAUGAUGUUGAAGAAGGACAGGUUCUGUAG